AUGGAGUCUUCAGUGGACUCUUCACCCGCAGUUGCGAAUUCGGCCAUUACCUUCUGCAUUUCCCAUCACCGGCAACUGAUUGUCUUCUGUGAGGAGUGUGGACUAGCCCUGUGUGACAGCUGCGUGUCAAGCGGCACUCACCACAACCACACAUUCUCAACUCUUCCAGACGAAUGCAAGAAACAAAUGGACACCUUUACCAAAUCUAAAGAUAAAUUAGACGCUCUCUUCAAGGAGCUCAAGGGGUUGGUGGAGGCCAACGAGAUGCAGGCUUUCAAACUGUUAGAUUCCCAUCAGAAGCGCAUGACGGAAAAGCUCACUAAUGUCAAGCAGGAGAUGGAAGAUAUCGAGCUUUGGACUCAGACAGAACAGGACCCUGAAAGUUUUUCUUCAGUGCUGGAUGAAUCCAAGGAUCUGGAGAACAGAAUUGAAACCAUUGCUAAGUUUUUUGUCAACUGGGAGGAGAUCGGUGAGGAGAAUCGUGAGCCUAAAAUCCGACUGUCAGAUGUCAGACUGCAAUCCCUGGAGAACUCUGUCAGUGCCAUCCUUGAGCAGAGCAAGGCCUGUCUGUCAUGUCCGUGGGAAUUUGCUGACAUCAUCACAUUUGACCCAGUCACGAAACAUAAACUGUUGAGAGUAUCAGAUGAUGAUAGGCAGGUGACCCUCCCUGCCAAGGCAUCGCUGAGUAAACAACGUCUGCCAAACAAACCUCAGGAUACCCCACUGAAUGUCCUGGCACAGCAAUCUUUCACCGUGGGCCGGCACUACUGGGAGGUGGAUGUGAAAGGGUGCCUGAGCUGGGCGGUGGGUUUGGUGGAUUUGGAGGGUUUGGUGGGUUUGGAGGGUUUGGUGGGUUUGGAGGAAGCCAGCUGGGACACGACAUCUGAGCUGGGACACGACAAACGGUCCUGGAUGCUGGAGUCGGAUGCUGGCUCGCUGGCAGCGAUACAUAACGAUGACUUCCAUACGGUGAGAGAGCAGGAGAAUCUCUCACUCCUUGGCAUCUUCCUGGACUGUGACAAGGGCCGCCUGCAGUUCUACAAUGUUCUCACUGGUGGUCUCUUGCAUUCCUUUGCGGCCCGGUUUGGCCGGGCGAUGCGGCCAGUGUUCUCCAUCCUCCCCCCCAUGAAAGAUGGCGAGCCCUCCUGUCUGGUCCUGUGUGAUCUCUGUGAGAGGGAGAGGUCUGAGAGGUCUGAGAGGCCUGGGAGCGGGGCUGACUCAGGUCCCCAGGCGCCCACUGAUCAUCCAGGGUCACCCUUAACGGAGCCCUCAGGUCCCCAGACGCCCACUGAUCAUCCAGGGUCACCCUUACUGGAGCCCUCAGGUCCCCAGGCGCCCACUGAUCAUCCAGGGUCACCCUCAGGUCCCCAGGCGCCCACUGAUCAUCCAGGGUCACCCUUACUGGAGCCCUCAGGUCCCCAGACACCCACUGAUCAUCCAGGGUCACCCUUACCGGAGCCCUGACAUUCUUUCUUCUGACCAUCACAUUCCUAUGUUCUUUUCAUUUAUCUCUAAUAAAUAUAUAUCUCUAAUAUAUCUAUCUUAUAUUUUUAGUAUACUAUGAUGUCUUUGUAAAGCACUUUGAAUUAUCUAUGUAAAUUCAUUAUCCAUAUAGAUGUUUGUAUAUUAAAUGUUCUAGCCAAUAUAAAUUCA